AGAGCUCCCGGCGGCAAGACAACCUCCUCGUAUCGCAUCGCUUGAUGAUCGAUCGAUUGAUUGAUUGAUUGAUUCUCCCUCCCUCCCUCCCUCCCUCCCUCAGCUUGGUAAGAGAAAUGGCGAGGGUUCCUUGUGACUUGAGAUUUCUUCUCAUACCGGCAGCUUUCAUGUUCAUCUACAUCCAGAUGAGGCUUUUCCAGACGCAAUCACAGUAUGCAGAUCGCCUUGGUUCCGCUCUGGAGUCGGAGAACCAUUGUACUAGUCAAUUGCGAUCCCUUAUUGAUCAAGUUAGCAUUAAACAGUCUCGGAUUCUCGCUCUCGAAGAUUUGAAGAACCGCCAGGACCAACAACUCGUGCAGCUUAAGGAUCUUAUCCACACCUUUGAAAGCAAAGGGAUAGCAAAGCUCACUGAAGGUGGACAGCAGGUGCCUCUGGCAGCUGUUGUGAUUAUGGCCUGCAGUCGUGCUGACUAUCUUCAACGGACUGUCAAUUCUGUUCUAAAAUAUCAAACUCCCAUUGCUUCAAAAUACCCUCUCUUUAUAUCUCAGGAUGGAUCUAAUCAAGCCGUCAAGAGCAAGGCUUUGAGCUAUAAUCAACUAACGUAUAUCCAGCACUUAGAUUUUGAACCAGUGGUCACCGAAAGGCCUGGCGAACUUAUUGCCUACUACAAAAUUGCACGUCACUACAAGUGGGCACUAGACCAGUUGUUUUACAAACAUAAAUUUAGCCGAGUGAUUAUACUAGAAGAUGAUAUGGAAAUUGCUCCAGACUUCUUCGAUUACUUUGAGGCUGCAGCUAAUCUCAUGGAUAGGGAUGAAACCAUUAUGGCGGCUUCAUCUUGGAAUGAUAAUGGGCAGAAGCAGUUUGUGCAUGACCCCUAUGCACUUUACCGAUCAGAUUUUUUCCCUGGCCUGGGGUGGAUGCUGAAGAGAUCGACUUGGGAUGAGCUAUCACCAAAGUGGCCAAAGGCUUAUUGGGAUGAUUGGCUGAGAUUGAAGGAGAACCAUAAAGGCCGCCAAUUUGUUCGACCAGAAGUCUGCCGAACAUACAAUUUUGGUGAACAUGGGUCUAGUUUGGGACAGUUUUUCAGCCAGUACCUGGAACCUAUAAAGCUAAAUGAUGUGAAGGUUGAGUGGAACGCGAUGGACCUGGGAUACUUGACAGAGGGAAACUAUACCAAGUACUUUUCUGGCCUAGUGAGACAAGCACGACCAAUUCAAGGUCCUGACCUUGUGUUAAAGGCUCAAAAUAUAAAGGGUGAUGUUCGUAUCCGGUAUAAAGACCAAGCAGAGUUUGAACGCAUAGCAGGGGAGUUUGGCAUAUUUGAAGAAUGGAAGGAUGGUGUGCCCCGAACAGCAUAUAAAGGAAUCGUGGUGUUCCGAAUCCAGACUACUAGACGUGUAUUCCUGGUAGGCCCAGAUUCUGUGAUACAGCUUGGAAUUCGAAAAUCCUGAUGCAAAACAUAUUGACACGCAGAUGAAAGCAAAGGAAGAUCAUUUCGACCGCAGGCAGCCUUCUUCAAGCAGCUGUUUGCACUUUUGGCUGUAUAAUUGAAGGAUGAGUUUGUAGACAGGGGGUUAAAUUUAACAGCUAGAAAGUUGUGGUGACAUGUGUAGUAGGUUUUAAAGUUAAGGGAACCCCUUUAAAGGAGCAGACUUGAAACACUUAUCAGUCGCUUUAUAACUGAUUGUUUUGUGGGUUGUCUGUCUUACACGAACACGCAAAAUCAUUCUAUGCACCCUUUCUUCGACUA